GAACUCCUGGCCUCAAGUAGUCUUCCCAUCUUGACCUCCUAAAGUGUUGGGAUUACAGGUGUGCACCAUCGUUCUUGGCCCUUUUUUCUUGACCAUCUUCCAAGUGAUGUUGGUGGAAAUCACCGAUGGGGACCUAUGCAUGCAGAGGGCUGAUUGUAAUUGAGUUCUUUCUGCCUCCUCACUAAUCUACACACUGUAGGCAGGGACCUGGUCUCAUCCAUGCCUGCAUCUGCAAGCACUGCCCACUUACACCAAAGUCUCCCCAUUGGUCAGCUUAGUUCCGUGAAGGAACUCCAUUUCCACAGCAAGGACUGACCUCACACUGGUGGCUCCAGGUCACUGCCCAAACAUUCUGAAGGGAACAGAACUUCUUGGUUCCCCAGAUAAAUAUAGGGCAAAUGCUGGACUGUAGCUAAGUAUUUCCUUCAUCCAUAGGAUAAAAUACUGACAAUUUGUGAGUGAUGGACAAGGUUCAGAGUGGUUUCCUCUUUUUCUUUUUGUUUUUAAUGGAAUGCCCACUUCAUUUAGGCUUGCUGUAUGCAGAUGGACUCCAUCCAGCUGGAAACAUAACAGGCUUACCAGGCAAUAAACAGUCACAACCACCCAGAAACAUAACCAAAGACCCCAAAGUGUUCUUUCGUAACACCCAAUUAUCUGGGAUUCAAGGGGCUGCCUCCAGAUCGAUGGCAAUAAUUCAGCAUAGACCUGCUCUUGUUAAAGUAAUUUUAAUUUCGAGUAUAGCCUUCAGCAUUGCCCUGAUAUGUGGGAUGGCAAUAUCCUGUAUGAUAUAUCAACUCGCACAGGCUGAGGAAAGACAGCGGCUUGAGUCACUUUAUAAGAACAUCAAGAUACCAUUAUUAGGAGACAAAGAAGAGGGCUCAGAGAACGAGGAUGAGUCUAUGCACCUACUUCCAGAGAAUGAAAAGGAGCUGGAGAAGUUCAUCCACUCAGGUAGAGUGACCUGUCACAGCCACUCACAGGAAAGCCAGGCUGGCCGCAGUGGCUUGGUUUUCAAAGGGAAAGAUAAAUGGGAGUUAAGACAGUUUGAAGUAAAGGAGACAAAUAUUCACAGCCACACUUACAGACAUGAACCUUUCUCAUCAAAUCAUACAGAUGGGUAAACAGCUGUGGGGUUGCUCAGCUCCUUUUGCAGGGCAAUUCCAUGGAUCUAACAGAGUUCAGGAAACAAACUUUUCCCAGCACAAAACAUUUCCCUUAAACAUACUCAUUAACCGUGAUGUUAUCCUGCAUUCAGAACACAGGCAGAUGUUUCACCUGCACCAUCUGUCUCCAUCUGAUGUGAAAAUAGGAUCCAGACCCACAAAAUAGAGGCCACUACCCCAGGGUAAAAGUUCCCAGCAUGCCAUGCCUACCACAGACAUGUUCUGUUGUCCUUGUGAGAAGAGGGUGACGUUGCUCAUUUAAAAUGGAUUUUUUUUUGAGAUGGAGCUUCGCUCUUGUUACCCAGGC